UUUUUCCAUUUUCAAUUUCCAUACGCUCUCUCUCUGUCCUCCCCCUCCCAUGGCAGCUUCCCACUCUCUCCCAUCUCUCCGCCACUCUCUCCGCCGUCCCCACCACCCCAACCUCUCUCCCACCUCCUUCUCCUCUUCCUCCACUCUCUUCCUCAAACCAACUUCCACCGCGGCCCCCACCACCACUGCCACUGCCGCAACCGCUUCCUCUCUCUCCGCCUCAGCCGCCGGCUCCUUCUCUCUCUCUGCAGACACCUCCUCCGCCAUCUCUUUCGACGAGCUCGACCACCUCCUCGCCGCCAAAGACUUCCGGCAAGCCGAUGAGGAGACCCGGCGGCUUCUGAUCGCCCUCGCCGGCGAGGGCGCCCAGAAACGAGGCUAUGUCUAUUUCUCCGAAGUCCAAUUCAUCGCCGCAGACGAUUUGAAAGCCAUUGACAAUCUGUGGCAGAAAUACAGCGACGGGAAAUUCGGGUACAGCGUACAGAAACGGAUUUUCGAGAAAGUGAACAAAGAUUUUACAAAGCUGUUUAUGAAACUUGGGUGGAUGAAGAAGCUGGAUACGGAAAUGGAGCAGUACAAUUACAGAGCAUUUCCGACGGAGUUUAUUUGGGAGCUGACGGAGGAGACGCCGGAAGGGCAUCUGCCAUUGACGAAUGCUUUGAGAGGGACACAGUUAAUGGGCAACAUUCUGAGCCAUCCAGCAUUCGAGGAAGACGCCAUUGAAGAGAAAGGGGAAGAAAAAGUUGCAGGGGAUGAAAAUGGAGGAUUGAAAAAGGGAUUGAAAUCGAUAACUGAGAGGAUUUUCAAAAGGGAUUAUAGCUUCUGAAAUUGGGGAUUUUGGAGGCUACCCAUUGGAAUUCACAUCGAAUUAACAAUUGGGUUGCUUCGAUUUGGGAUGAAUUCGGUUGAUUUUGUUCUACACACUCGUUUCUCUCUCUCUGACUGGUGACUUCUGAGUGUAUUUUAAAUGAUAAACAUGAAAUUUAUUGGUAAUACUUCAUUUCAACGUGA